CUCAUUUCUACCUCAGUAGUUAACCCUCACCGUCUUUAGAUUUCUCCAAUACACACUUAAAACCCAUGUCAGGUCCCAAUGGAAGCCGUUCUCUUUCUCGCACUGAGCAUCACCGAGACAAAUUUGGAACUGAUUUCGUUAGAUAUACACCUGAUGGUCCUUGGAUUAUGCUUGGGCCGCCAAACACCUCAAGUGUCCAGCUACCCAGUGCCUAUGGGGCUUCAUUGCCUCCAGAUUCACGGCUUCCAAGUUUUCGGGACAUGUUCUCCACUGUGGAUCUUUCUUUCCCUGGUGCAAAUGGACAGGUCAGAGAUCCACAUGAUCUUCGUAAUCCUAGCGGACUUCAAGGACAUGUAUCUGAUAAAUUGACACAAGUUCCUACUCCCCUUGCAAUGCGUUCUCAUGGAAACAUGGAUCCCUCUCAAGUUCGUCUUCCUGAUGACAAUGAGAAUGACUUUCCCCCUGCACAUGUGUUAUUGAAAAACAUGGCUGAGCCUGCCUCACGAGUUGCAGGAUGCCGCCAUUCCGAUUCUAAAGGAAAGGGAAAGCGACGUUCUGCAUCAUCUCCCAUACCGUCUUCCUUGAAGCUACCCCCAAAAAGGCAUAAAGUUAGUGCCGUGGAGUCGUCAGCCUCUACUCUACAAAAGAAGAGAGGGCGAAAGGAAGGCUCUGCGAAGUACAAACAGCUCCUAAAAACUAGCAAGCCUACAGGCGAUGCUGAAUGCCCUCCUCAUGUUGAGAGGGCUCAUGAGAUUGAAUAUCUCAUAAAUGGAAAAACUGGAUCACGAGAACUUGAAGAUGAGGAUAUUAUUGAUGAUGCUGCCACCGAUGACUCUUCUCAAGGUGAUGACAGUGAGGUUGAAAAUCUCCCUCCACCGACAAAGCUCCCAGCUACUACACAAUCUCAUCCAGCUCAAGGACCUGUCACUCGCCGUCCACCUUCUGACCGUCUGUCAACUAAUAUCCCACGCCAGCACCGUAGUAAUCCUCAAGAUAUUCUCCAAAGCAUCUCAAGCAUUCUUUCUCCUGAGGCUCAGAUCGCUCGUAGUGAGGCACUCUCAGCACGCUCUGUGCAAACAACACAAAUCUUUACUUUGACAGCACAGAUAUGCGACCUACAAAGUCGUGUUGAUAGGUUGCAGUCAGAGCUUACCACAUCUGAAAGAGCUCGCCACGAUGCAGAACGCUGAGCAGACAGAGCAGAGAUGAUGAACAUGUUCAGUACAUCAUCUCAUGGAACAUCUCGGGGUCGUUGCAGAUCUCGAUCAGGUUAUGGAAAGCGCAUUUAUCAGGAAGUUCAUUACAGAGAUGGGGGAGGUUCUCGACAGUGUGUUGAUCCUGACUCUCCAUCAGGAUACAACCAACUCAGUGGUUCCUUUGAUAGCCCUGGAACACGGCGCUACACAAUUCCCACCACAGAUGAUGAUGAUGAUAUUGCUGUUCACCCUCUCAGUCCUGUAUACCAGUCAGCAGAAUCAGGUCUCGAUAUGAUGUUGCUCUUGCCAGAGUCGUCUCGAUCCAGCAAUGAAGCACCUCCACAAUCACUAUAAAUUAUACUAGUUCUAUUCAGUUUGACACUUACUCAUGUGAAAC